GCAGUUUUGUACUCUUUGAGAAAAGCUAGAAUUGGUGGCGCACUUCAUGUCAUAUCGUUGAAUUCUACAGUGCAUACGAGAGGACGACGACAGGUUCAAGAAGCACAGCACAGACAAUUAAAAUGACACAAUCUAUAGUGAUCCAAGUUGGGCAGUGUGGCAACCAGAUUGGAUGUCGGUUUUGGGAUCUUGCAUUACAAGAACAUGCUCAGUAUAGCAAACUUGGUAGUAAGGACGAUUCUUGGAAGAGCUUCUUCAGACAUUCAAAAUCAGAUGGAUUAUCAGACAACUUAAGUGAAUCAAUAAAGGCAAGGGCAGUGCUAGUGGACAUGGAGGAAGGUGUGAUUAACCAGGUGUUAAAAGGCCCUUUGUCUAAACUUCUUGACCAAAAACAACUUUUGACUGAUGUUUCUGGUGCGGGAAAUAAUUGGGCUACAGGACAUUUACAUUUUGGCAUGCAGUAUAGAGAUAGGCUAGAAGAAUGCGUACGACAUGCUGCUGAACAAUGCGACUGUCUCCAGUGCUUCUUUUUGUUCCAUUCCUUGGGUGGAGGAACAGGGUCUGGUGUUGGCACUUCAAUACUGUUGCUAUUACAAGAUAAUUACCCAGAUAUUUAUCGUUUUGUUACUGCAGUGUAUCCAUCAGCUGAUGACGAUGUUGUAACGUCUCCAUAUAAUGCGGUCCUUGCCAUGCAUCAGUUAACUGAGCAUGCAGAUUGUGUUUUACCUUUUGAGAAUCAAGCCCUUAUGGAUAUUACAACAAAAUUUGGAAACAUGAAAGAAAAAACUGAUCAGAAUCCUUAUGACAACAUGAAUGACAUUGUUGGUAAGAUGUUGCUGAAUAUUACCAGUUCAUCUCGAUUUGAGGGUGCUCUGAAUGUGGAUUUGAAUGAAAUUGCAACAAAUCUAGUGCCAUUUCCGAGGAUGCAUUACUUAGUCUCAAGUCAGACUCCACUCAGUCCAGAAGGAUCCAGAAUUCCAAUAAGGAAACUAGAUCAACUCUUCACUGAUGUCUUCCUCAGGGAGUACCAGAUGAUCAAAGCAGACCCUAGAAAUUCUUUGUAUCUUUCUUGCGCUUUAAUCUGUCGGGGAAAAAUAGAAUUGUCUGAUCUUAGACGGAAUGUCGACCGAUUGAGACCAUCCUUAAACUUCAUCCAUUGGAACACAGAAGGAUGGAAGACUGGUCUGUGUUCUGUAGCACCAGUGGGGCAGCAGCAAGCUCUAGUCGCCCUCUCCAACAAUACAUGUAUCCAUCACAGUAUGCAGAAUCUGAAAGACCGCUUUCUAAAGUUGUAUCGGCGCAAGGCCCAUAUUCACCAUUAUACCAGUGUGGAUGGAAUGGAUGAUGAUCAGUUUUCACACAGUCUUGAAAGUUUGUCAUCACUCAUACAAGAUUACAACAGUUUAGAGAGUGGCAGUCUACCCUCUGUUGCAGCACCCAUAAUUAUUGCAAAUUGAUAAUUAAAAUAAACCUCAUGAUCUGACUUUGUAAAUGUAAUUUGAUAAAUACUAAAAAUAUUAACUGAUAGGGUAUAAGCAGCACAUUAGAAACCAACAAAUUCAGUGAAAAUGUACAUUUUCUUGAAUUUUACGAACAAUGGACCUUUCUGCCAAGCCUUGUGCCCCUUGGAUAUUGUUGCUAAUUCCACUAAAAGAUAGCAUUAAUGUACAUGAAUGAAUGUCACCUUCGUUAAGUUAAUUACUUAAUUAAAUAAAACACCAUCCAUCUUCAAUCCAUCCAUCUUCUUUGUUAUAAUAUUUACACUUCUCAGGAGUGAUGAAGUAAAAUGUUUGUAUCUGUAUUAUAUAUUUAUGCUAUUCCACUCUUUAGUACAAUAUAUUUAUUUGUCUACGCAAAAAAACCUGGCUUUAAGGGGUAAUCCAUUAUUUUCAUCAUUUUCACGAGCGUGCAAAGCAUACGCUGGUGUGUGUACGCUUUUAAAAAAGUACAAAAAAAUGAUGAUUUGGAAAUGUUGGCCUACGUUUUUGUACCUAGCAAUUCCCCAUGGCAGCCAAAGUUUACUGUUAACUUGCAGCAUAAAUUCACCAGAAAGGAUAAGUUUAUCAGUUGUUUAUACACAGCUUCAUCUUGCAUCCCUGAUUAACUAUGUGUUGAAAAGUAUUGUGUACAUAUAAACAAAUUAAAAAUACAAGGUAAAUGCACUCUAGCUCCGUAAAUUUGAAUAAACUGUAAGCCAGUAUUCCAAGGAACUACAGCUUGACAGCACUGGGCAAAUGGGACCACGUGCUUCACUGUGCUGUGGUGGGCUACCUAUUUCUUCUCCCUUCUUCUACUUCACUAGGCCUACAUUGCUACCUUUUAAAUUCAAUGAGCCUACAUCAAUCACUCUAUUUAACAUUUUAUAACACAUGGAAGAAUUCCAUCUAGUCUUUAAUUGAAUAUACUGUGAAAGGUUCUUUGAUUUAUAGACUGUCAUGUAAGUUUCAAAAAACCUUUAGUCUAUCAUCAAAGAACCUUUCAUAGUAUAUUUUAUAACACAAUUUAAAUAUUUGUAUUCCAUGGAUACUCAUGAUGACAUAACUUUUACGUGUUCCCUGGUACUAAAUUCAACACCAUCACUCCACAAUCUUGAUUCAAGCCUAAGAUAUUGAGCAUGAGGCAGUAAAUUAAUUGGCCCUCAUCAAAAAAAAAUAAAAAAAUACAACAACAAAUCACGUGCUACUAAUCAAGGUGAAACGUUACCCAUGUUUUCUUGUGUGUCAAUUUUUUUCUAAAACUUGCUUUCUACUUUGUCUCAAUAUUCAAUUAUUUUGUCUAUGUGAUAAUAAUAAAUUUAAACAAAAUAAAA